AUGGCUGAUCCAGCCCCUGAGACCGGCUUCAAGCCCGGCCUAGAUUUUAUGGACAACUCGAGCCUCACAUACUUCAUACCACUCGCUACCAACUUCCGGGUCGACGACGUUGUAGAGGGGACUAAAGCGCCAUACCAGGAGCUUUUCGACUCCAUAGAGCGGCGGGAAAGUCUGUUUUUCGAUGAAUCCGUCGACGUCUUCCUCGUGCUCAGAACGCCCCACGUCCCAGAGGAUACACUCCGAUCCUCGCUGAAGAGGCUUGUCAUCUCCCUCGAGGCGCACAUUGUUAACGGCAAUGCGCCUGAUCGCGACAGCCCGCCCGCUUUAGACGUCAUAUAUACUGGCACCGUAGACGAGUCGGAGGUACCAACGAUACUGGUGGAAGAUUCGACAGACGACGGUGAACCUCAGGAGGCGGAGCGCACACAGCAUGCGUUUGCUAUAUGGAAGCUGUCCGUCUUCCUCGGACGACCCAGAAUACGACUGUAUAGUCCUUCGGUUGUCUUCGCUGCUACGGCAAGCUUGAAGCCUGCCGACGUGUCUCUUUCCAACGACCUUCGGGAUGGCUAUAUGGCCAGUGGUGUCGCCGCAGGCCUCAAUCUUCUGGAAUCUUUCGGUAGUGACCCAGCCAUGAACGGAGUAAAGCCUCGGCUUUCUGCGCUACGGGUAUCUCGAGUCGCGCCGGUCACGCAGCAAGAGAAGGACCUUCUGCGGCCUGUCAAAUCACUCCCGAAACUGUCUCUGCGCAUCUAUCCUGUUAUACAUUCACGUAUGAGGUUUACCCACCCGAACACGGCACCAGCAACUGCUGCGGUGAUUGCGAUACUCGAGGUGGAUUUCACCCCCUUUUUUGAGUGCGAAGUCAAUCUCGAAAACAUCACACUGUCAAUCCCGGGUGGUACAGUCCAGAACCUGACAAGCCAACCGGGCAUGUCUCUUCCUCUGUCUUGUGUGGCACAUGAUCACGUCACAUUCCUUUACCGGGUUGCACCAGCCGAGGCAGAUCUGGUAGCGAGAAGCCCAAUGCGCGACCUGGACAUCACGAUUUCGGCAACAGCAUUGGUCCAUCCCGAUUUAUGCAUGCCGCGUUUGAAUAUGGCUUGGACUGCGGCAGUCGACUUUACGAUACCGGUGAACCCUGGCUACGGUUCCACUACGCAGCCGAUCCAACGCUCGCAUCGGCCAAGUCAACUGUCCAUCGGAGGUGAAAGUACUACUUCUCUAAUAGCACCGUCAGUUGCUCGUCCAGAUGCGCUUCCUGCACUGGAGGCGUCGACAAAAUCAGAAACCACUGUACAGGAAUUAGGCGUGACGAUGACGUUUAUGGCGCCGCCGGCAAACACGAAGGUAUUUCUGGGCGAUGAAUUUGUCUGGAGCGUGUUUGUUGCCAACAAAUCGCCCAAUUCUACGGCUCCUCCUCGGAAACUCGCGCUGGUGGUCAUUCCAAAGCGCCGCCGCCACGAAUCACGGGUCAACCGACCACCCUCCGUAUCUAGGCCAUCGGAAGCCUCGUAUGCACGUUCGACAUCAAAGGCUGGCAAAGACCGGGCGGUGGCCGACGCGGUGCUGGACGACCAGGUAGUCCACGCCAUGCAACGGAGCAGCAUCAUUGACAGCGCAGAGGUGGCCUGUUUGAGUGCGGAUGUUAGGAUCGGACCGCUUGCGCCCGGUGCAUGUCACGUGGCUGAGCUGAAGUUCCUGGCGCUGAAAGAGGGGAUUGUGAAUAUCGAAGCUGUACGGGUCGUCGACCUCGUGAGCAACGAGCACGUAGACAUUAAAGACCUGCCGACUGUCUUGGUUGAAAGUAGUCCAGAGGAGUAA